ACCCGCGGGCCCCCUUGAGUCCCUGCCAUGGCGAAGCAGUACGAUGUGCUGUUCCGGCUGCUGCUGAUUGGGGACUCCGGGGUGGGCAAGACCUGCCUGCUGUGCCGCUUCACCGACAACGAGUUCCACUCCUCGCACAUCUCCACCAUCGGUGUCGACUUUAAGAUGAAGACCAUCGAAGUGGACGGCAUCAAAGUUCGGAUACAGAUUUGGGACACAGCAGGACAGGAGAGGUACCAGACCAUCACAAAACAGUACUAUCGGCGGGCCCAGGGAAUAUUUUUAGUCUAUGACAUUAGCAGUGAGCGCUCUUACCAGCACAUCAUGAAGUGGGUCAGUGACGUGGAUGAGUAUGCACCAGAAGGAGUCCAGAAGAUCCUCAUAGGGAAUAAGGCUGACGAAGAGCAGAAACGGCAGGUGGGGAGAGAGCAGGGGCAGCAGCUGGCUAAGGAGUAUGGCAUGGACUUCUACGAAACAAGUGCCUGCACCAACCUCAACAUUAAAGAGUCCUUCACUCGGCUGACGGAGCUGGUGCUGCAGGCCCACAGGAAAGAGCUGGAUGGUCUGCGAACACGUGCCAGCAAUGAGUUAGCGCUGGCGGAGCUGGAGGAAGAGGAAGGCAAACCCGAGGGCCCGGCGAACUCUUCAAAGACCUGCUGGUGCUGAGGGCCGGGUGUGGAAUCCCGCCCCCGGCAACUCCCUCCCUCAGGAGGCCCGUGGAAGCAGGGGAGCCUGGGCUUUGCCCACUGGUGUCCUUUUAUUUGAUGACCCUGUUGAAAAUCAGUAGCUGCUACUCCCCUGCCUGGCCCCGUGAGCAGCUCUGCUGUGGCCUCUGAGCAGCCUGUGCCCCGAGUCCCUCUAUCCUGGAGUUACGGUAACCUUCAGCCUGUUCCCCAGCCACAGGCCGGCUGUGAUCCCAGAAUGUGCUGCGACCAUCUCACCACCGGAAGCUCCUGGGACAAUGGUCAAGGCUGGAGUCAAGGCCACUUAAAGACUCAUUUCUUAGUGCAUCUCGUGUGUUCUGCUUCUCUCUUCUUUCUACUCCCUCUCCACCCACUUCCCUCCAGUGUAUUUUACAUCCACGUCCCUCCUCCUUCGCCUGUGUGUCCUGCUGAGUGGCUGCUACUGCUCUUCUCCCCUUCCCUCCCUCCCUCCCUCCUUCCCUCCUGACUCGGCCUAAGGGAAUGGAUCCAGGCUCUGCCCCAGGGAGGAUGACCCACCCUGCUCUGGGGUGGGCCCAAGGCUACGGGUGCUUCUCCCUCCCCCCUCCCCACAGCCCCCCCCUUGUGCCAUGGGCUGCCUCCCCAGUGACCUGGGAAAGUAGAACACUUGAGGUGGGAAGGAAACACUACUUGGCGGUCCUCAGGCCCGGGCUGGCCUCCUCGGCCUUUGCCUUUUGCUGGAGCUUUGGCCUUGCCCGGCUGCCCACAGGCCUCUGUGAGGAACCGAGUCCAGAGAUGGGCACAGCAGGGAAGAAGACAAGGAUGAGGGGUGGCGGGGACAAGUCACCUCGAUUCUCUACCUCCCGUGCAGUGAGUACACGACCUCUUCACCUGGAUUCCUGGAUUUAAGGACGGGGAUCAAGGCUUGAGGAUGCCGAAGAGCAGGGGAAGUCCUGGGGUCAGACACUGUGAACUCUGUCUAGAAAAAGGCGACAGUGGUUGUGAAGGGCUCGCUCCUAGAUGGUAGGGUUAGAACAGAGGC